AUAGGUCUUUUUUAUGACGUGAAAUUUCACAACCUGCCAAAACGACCCGAGCAUAUCUUGCUCAAACCCCAGAGUUUGCCAGAUCCUCAUAAAUCCACCUUCCAUUUGUGCAAACUUGUGACACAUGGUGGCAGAUUCAACGAAGUUGAGAAAAUAUCGAUGUUCAUCAAGACAGGAGCUUCUAGGCAGCAUCAUAACUCUCCCCAAAAGUGAAGGCCAAAGUUCAUUUACCUCUUUCUUGGUGUAAUGGAAGAACUUGGCCUCGUCUUGUGGCUUGAUCACUUUGUAGCUUAAGCUGCUAAGAUAGUUUUGAUCUUAAGCUGGCAAUCUCUUGAUUUGGCAGCGCAGUGGGUCUUCCUUGAGGUAGUGCAGUUCAGGGGAAUAAAAGAAUGGAUGAAACUGGCAGGAAGCGUAUUCAAGUAAAGGAUGACAACUGGGCUAAACUAAAAUUUGUGGAAGACAUCAUGACGAACAUUUUCUUAAGGCUUCCUGUUAAAUCUAUCGUGAUAUGCAAAGCUGCUUGUAAACAUUGGCGUAAAUUUGUUCGAGAUCCGCAUUUUGUCAAUGCCCACUUAAAAUUGUCUAAACAAAACAUUGGUUAUAUCAUUCAUCCUUGUAUUGGUGCAAGUAAGGAUUUUUAUUUGAUGAAUGGUGAUGAUGGAGUAAUCACUGAAAGGAUUAGUCUUCCAGGUUUGGAAAAUCUAUCUUCUGUUCGCCUUAUUUGUUCAUUCAAUGGUUUGAUAUGUUGUGUUGGCAAUGCAAGCCCAUCCGCAGACAUGAUUGACUUGAAUAUUCUUAUCUGUAACCCUGCUACACGAGAAGUCCUGCUGCUUCCAAGAGCUGCCUCAUCUCGAGAGGAAUAUUCAAUUGGACUUGCGUUUGACCGUAAAACCAAUGAAUAUAAAGUGUUUUGGUUUUUCAAUGCAGCACGCAAGUCCCAUCACAAGCAUUAUAAGUGUGAGAUAUAUUCAUCAAUCACAGGAUCAUGGAAAAGCAUAGGUAGUGUUGCGCACUUUCCCAUGCGAUCACUGCCUAUUAAAUGCUGUCCUCUGAGUUCCAGUCAUGUGUGUAUAGAUGGGACUGCUUAUUGGUUCAUUAGUUCAAAAGAUGAUCCUUCAAUCCCUGGUUCUAUUCUUGCAGUUGAUAUGGAGGAAAAUUUUAGAACAGUGUCUCUUCCACAAGAUGUCACUGAACUCUCAUUCUUGGUUGAACUUGAAGGUUUCUUGUCAUUGGUUUCCAUAUAUAUUGACGAGAAAAUUGUGCAAACAUGGAUUUUGUUUGAUGAGUUUGAUCAGACUACUUGGUGGAAAGAACGUGCAGACCAUAUUCCCAUUGAUGAUCCUCAAUGUUAUUUCACUGCAGCUCUGCGACAUCAUGAAAUUUUUUUCAUAACGUCUUCCUGCUAUCUCAUCUAUAAUCUGGAGAAUGGGUUGUGGAAAGACAUUGAUUUAUGGGAUCCUUUGGGAACAAAUUAUGCCUCUGCCUUUGCAUACAUAGAAAGCCUUCUCCCAUGCAAUGGACGCAUGGAUUCUCGAGAAAACAAUGUUUUCUAGAGGAGCAAUGCUGUGGGAAGGAGCAUGAAGGUGUAGUGUCUGUGUUCUGGCCUUUCCUACUGUGUGGGCUCCUUGCGUGUGUAUUUCGCUGUAAAUUACAUGGACAUCGCGUCUUUUUGGGACAAACAUAACUCUCUUUCGCUGUCAUUUUAUGUUUGUGUGUUAAGCUUGGCUCCUGGAGUGUGCCCUCCCGGGGCAAAAUUUGGGAUGCUAUUUAUGGUUUGGGAACACUGGUUCUUUUCUGUGUUCGUGCACUCUUAUGCUUGCUAUCCUUUAUUAUAUUUUGCGUGAUUUCCCUUUCAAACAAUGGGUUAGAUGCUAUGGGAUCAUAAACUUUCAGCUCU